ACCAACUCUAACCACAACCUCUCGCAUAUCGGCAAAAAAAUCACAAUCACUGAGUGUGCUGCCAGUAUGGAGGGGGAGCCCCUCUCAGCCCUGUGCACCCCUGCUCUGGUGGUGGAUGUGGACAAAGUGAAGAGAAAUGCCCAGAGGAUGAUCGAACGCUGUCAGAAGCUGGGAGUCCAGCUUCGGCCGCACAUGAAGACACACAAAACCCUUGAGUGUGCUGACAUAAUGACAGGUGGAUCACGGAGGUGCAUCGUGGUCUCCACACUCGCAGAGGCCUGUUUCUAUGCCGACCACGGAUUUGAUGACAUCCUCUAUGCAUACUCUGUUCCCUUUGAUAAGGUGGAGCGUUGUGCAGCCCUGUCAGAAAGGCUGGACCUCUUCCAAGUUUUAUUGGAUCAUCCUGAUGCUCUGGAGCAGCUCAAAAAGAGACCCCUGAGAGACGGUCGGCAGUGGCACGUCUGGCUGAAGCUGGACUGUGGCAAUGGGAGAGCUGGUGUCCUGCACUCAGAACCCGAGGCGCUCGGUCUGGCUCAGGCCAUCGCUGAGACGGAGGGUGUGCAGCUGACGGGGGUGUACGCUCACUGUGGGAACACCUAUAACUGCAGAGGAGUGGAGCAAAUACAGACUGUUGCCCAGGAAACCACCAGCUUGACUCUGCAGUUCAUGGAAAAACUGAAGGCUGUUGGCAUCACCUGUAAAUCCAGCAUUGGCUCCACCCCUUCCUGUAGUCACCCAGUCAAAGACAUGGCGCAGCUCAGCGAGGUGCAUCCUGGAAACUACGCCUUCUAUGAUGUGCAGCAGUCUGUGAUUGGCUCAUGCAGUCUGGAGGACGUGGCUGUGAGGGUUUUGACAAGGGUCAUUGGACACUGUCCUCACAGGAACCAGCUCCUGAUUGACUGUGGAUGGAGUGGAAUCAGUCUGGAUGGAGCUGGAAAACUUCCCACUGGAUAUGCUGUGAUUGAAGGCCACCCGCACCUCAAGUUGUUGUCUAUGACGCAGGAGCAUGGUAGAGUGGAGCCCAUCUCAGGACCGCUGGACUACAGCAAGUACCCCCUCGGCUCUCUGCUCACACUGAUCCCCUACCAUUCUUGUGCGACAGCAAUGAUGCACACCGUGUACCAUGUGCACUCUGACGGCCGUCUGCUGGGGAGGUGGACACCCACUCGCGGAUGGUGAACAGCUGUCCAACUGUUCACUAAUACAUAACUUUGUAAGGGUAGCUAGAAAUAACACUGAAAGAAGGACUUCUUGAAGCAAGCUGUGACACCUCGUAACCAUCACCUCUUCUUUCCUCUGUUCCUGUGGAGUAAAACAUACGUAUGAGUAGUAGAAUUUAAUUUCAAAUUAUAAUUGUAGACAUUUUCCACAACUACUGAUUAAAUAACAGUAUUACUUUUGUAGACCUAUUCCCUAAAUGUCUUUGAAGUGGGAAAAGAAAUGUAGAAAAAAUACACACCUGUAAGCUUUUGAAUGUUGAAAUAAAUCAAAGUUGCAGGAC